AUGGGUUUAACAACAUUAGAGAAAAGACGAGCUAGAGGAGAUCUUAUACAACAAUACAGAUUCAAGCAAAAUAUAGACCAAAUAAAUUGGUCCAACAAAAAUCCAAAACCGGCAUCAUCCGUGACUAGUUCAGGCCCGGCUUUUUCUGUAAGGGGCAAUAAAUAUAGGCUAGAAAGAGAAUACGUACCAUCAUGUUUACUGAGAUAUAAUUUCUUUACCAAUCGAGUUUGUAAAAAUUGGAAUUUGUUACCAAAUGAAAUCAUUGAAGCAACAUCGUUGAAUGAUUUCAAAGCGCGAAUAGAUAAACAUUUUUCAUAA